AUGCCUCUUAAGUGUUUUGUACCUGGGUGUAACUCUGGGUUACCCAAACAAAAUAAAAUAUACAAACAGCAGGGAGUAAAACUGCCUUCAGUAUUCCAUCCUAUUUCGAACAUGAUUGAUACAUGGAAUUUAAAAAUUCCACGAGCAGAUAGAUUAUUAACCAAAAAAGAUGGAGUAUGUGAACUCCAUUUUGCUCCUGAAGAUAUUAUUUCAUAUAGGAUAUUUGAGGAUGCAGCAGGAAAUGAAAUAAAACAUCAGCUCAAGAGAGUUAGUUUAAAUGCUAACGCUAUACCAUGUAUUUUCCUUAAUUUACCAUCUUAUUUCAAUAAAAAUAUUAAAAAACGAAAACCUCCAAUGGAAAGGUCAAUAGUACCAAACAAUCGCAAAAAGAAUAAACCCAGUGAUUUAAAUCCUGUAAAUGAAAUAAUUAAUAAUCCUGAAUUGGUCACUGAUAUAAAAGAAAAAAAUAUAAUUGAACCACUCAGCUACAAUGUUCAUACUGAUGCAAAUAACAUUAAGUUACCAUAA